AUGGGACGUGAUGGGAAGAAUUGGAACCACCAAGCUGUCACUCAAGGCAUCAGCAGUCUGUUCAGCUCUCUGAAGGUGAUCCGACUGCUGCGUCUGGGGCGGGUCGCUCGUAAACUGGAUCACUACAUCGAGUACGGGGCGGCGGUACUGGUGCUGCUGGUCUGUGUUUUUGGACUGGCCGCUCACUGGCUGGCCUGCAUCUGGUUCAGCAUCGGUGACUACGAGGUAAUCGAUGAAGAAACAAACUACGUGCGGAUGGACAGCUGGCUCUACAUCCUGGCAGAGUCGGUGGGAAACCCGUACCGCUUCAACGUCAGCGGCUCAGGGAAGUGGGAGGGCGGGCCCAACAAAGACUCGGUGUACAUCACCUCGCUCUACUUCACCAUGACCAGCCUCACCAGCAUCGGCUUCGGAAACAUCGCCCCGACAACAGACGGAGAGAAAAUCUUUGCAGUGGCCAUGAUGAUGAUUGGAUGUGAGUGGAGCCGUUUUAUCUUUCAUCCAAUGUAG